AAACCCUUAUCGCACUUAUGUUGAAUAAAAUUAAUAAAACCAAUCAGCGGUUACGACUUUCCAGCGUCCCUCUCUGUUGCAAAUGUUCUGCUUUACCUUUAAUGCGGAAGCUUCUGAGGCGACUAUUAGCAUAAGAGUGUGCGCCUAAAUAUCACACACACAAAUACAUUUCAGCGCAGAGGUGAGGGGUUCGCCUUUCACUUAAAUCCACGUUUCACUUGCAGCGCUCAUCUGUGAAUGCCCUAUGGGAAAUUGCACUUUCUUUUCACACCUGUUUUCCUGCAUUCCCCGCCCAAUUUCCUCAGCUUGGCCACUAUUGGGCGGACUUUUCCCAAGUGUGAACUACAGGCCAAUCCUAGCGCAGAAGGGGUACACACUACGCGCCAAUCCCAGCAAUAUGGGCGGGGUUUAUGUGAAUACAGGUAGGAAAAGAAAAACAAGGCCGUGUUUGCCCAAUAAGAGCGGGACUGGCUGGUAGAAAAACGGGGCGGACCGCUCUUCUGCAAAAAGCUGGAGAGUUUGGAGCAGUGCAUGGCAAGAAACUCACACGCGUACACACACUCGCAUCUCCUAAACUCGUGUUUUUUUUUGUGGAUAAAAUGCUGCCGUUUCUACCCUCGUUGGUCUUGGAGUUCGAGAUCGUGGAAAAGAAAGAGGGGAUAUUCCGCGUUGUAGGGUGGUCUGCUCAGAAGGAGGACGUGAAUGUUUAAACCGAAUUAAAGCCUUCUUGUUUUCUCUCCGGAUGGAUGUUUUCCCCCGUAUGAAGAAGAGCUGGGCCUAACUGGAUUUGCUGUUGAGUAAAGAAGUCGCUUUGCUACCCGUGCUGGAUAAAACUUACCAAGCGCUGCAAUUUCCAUCGAUAUGUUCUUUUACUGUCGCUCUUUUCUGAAUUCUCGUCGCUUCCUGAGUGGCUGUGUUUGUUUGGAAGGUGCAGGAGAAUGUGUGUGACCUGUCUGGUCUGAGGUGAAGGGCACUUGUGCGGUCAGAGGAUGGUCAAACUGCCCUGAAUUUUAAAAGUGUAGCUACAUGCGUGCGGUUUGCUCUAGGUUUGGAGAAGCCUAAACCAAACACUGGAGGGGUGUCGCACACCUCUCAGCUCCAGAGACAAUGAAGGAGAAGUCUAAAAAUGCUGCCCGGACUCGACGGGAGAAGGAGAACAGUGAAUUUUAUGAGCUGGCCAAACUGCUGCCGCUGCCCUCAGCCAUCACCUCACAGCUGGACAAAGCCUCCAUCAUCCGCCUGACCACCAGCUACCUGAAAAUGAGAAUAGUGUUCCCUGAAGGUUUGGGGGAAUCGUGGGGUCAUGUGAGCAGAGCCAGCUCUUUGGACAAUGUGGGCCGCGAAUUGGGAUCCCAUCUACUUCAGACUUUGGACGGAUUUAUUUUUGUGGUCGCUCCGGAUGGGAAAAUCAUGUACAUUUCUGAAACUGCAUCAGUGCAUUUGGGGCUGUCACAGGUAGAGCUGACGGGGAACAGCAUUUAUGAGUACAUUCAUCCCGCUGACCACGACGAGAUGACCGCGGUGCUGACCGCUCACCAGCCUUACCAUUCCCACUUCGUACAGGAGUAUGAAAUGGAACGCUCUUUCUUUCUGAGAAUGAAGUGCGUUCUUGCAAAAAGAAAUGCAGGUUUGACCUGCGGCGGAUAUAAGGUGAUCCACUGUAGCGGCUAUCUAAAGAUACGCCAGUACAGUCUGGAUAUGUCCCCUUUCGACGGCUGCUACCAGAACGUGGGGCUGGUAGCUGUGGGCCACUCGUUGCCCCCCAGUGCAGUGACUGAGAUCAAGCUUCACAGCAACAUGUUCAUGUUCAGAGCCAGCCUGGACAUGAAGCUCAUCUUCCUGGACUCCAGGGUGGCGGAGCUCACUGGCUACGAGCCACAGGACUUAAUAGAGAAGACUCUUUACCAUCACGUCCACAGCUGUGACACCUUCCACCUACGCUGUGCACACCACUUGUUGUUGGUGAAGGGGCAAGUCACCACCAAGUACUACAGGUUCCUGGCUAAGGAGGGUGGAUGGGUAUGGGUUCAGAGCUAUGCAACCAUUGUACACAACAGCAGAUCCUCGAGACCUCACUGUAUUGUCAGUGUCAACUACGUCCUAACGGACACAGAGUAUAAAGGUCUACAGUUAUCCUUAGACCAAGCAACAUCCACCAAGCCAGCCUUCACCUAUAGCAGCCCUACUAACCCAGUCAACGACAGCAGGAAAGGGAAUAAAAGCAGGACGUCGCGCACCAAACCCAAAACACGACUUUCCCCCUACUCGCAUUACCCAGGCUUCCACACAGAGCGCUCAGAGUCGGAUCAGGACAGCAGCCCAUGGGGUGGAAGUCCUCUCACUGACUCUGCCUCUCCUCAACUGCUGGAGCAGAACGAAAGCAUGGAUGCCUCCUGCAUCUAUCGCCAGUUCCCGGAGGCACGCUCACUGUGCUACGGUCUGAAUCUUUCUGAGGAGCACCAUGCUGCUGCUGACCAUCAGAGUCACACUCAUUCGCAGGCGUGCGAGCGGGGGCGCUGUGAGGCAGGCAGAUACUUCUUGGGUACACCGCAGACUGGGCGAGAGGCAUGGUGGGGUGCUGCCCGCUCUGUCUUGCCUCUACCCAAGUCCCCUCCUGAAAACGGGGAGGGCUAUGAGAGUGUGAUGCCCCACAUUGCAUCCAUCCACAGCCUACAUGUGAGGGGCCACUGGGACGAGGACAGUGCAGUCAGCUCGCCGGACGGUGGCUCAGCCAGUGACUCAGGGGACCGCUACCGAGGGGACCACUUCCGCUCGAGUCCUCAGGAGCCCAGCAAGAUUGAGACACUGAUACGCGCCACGCAGCAGAUGAUAAAAGAAGAAGAAAGCCGGCUACAGUUAAGGAAGAGCAGUGCUGAGACACUGGGCCCUGCUAACGGCCUGGCUAAGAACCACGGCUCCUGCUUUAGUGCAGAGUUUCCCCAGGUGGCCCUGCAGAGUGCUGUGUGCCGGGGGCCGGCUCAGGUGAUCAGUCCCGCCCCCAGCCCCGCCCCUCUGUCACGCCUCAGCAGCCCCGGUUCCGAGCGGCUGGCCAAAGCCAAAGACUUCCUACAGACUGAGUUGUCGUCUCCGCAACAGCACCAGCACCAGCUGGCCCUCUCUGGCUCCUGCACCACGUCCCCAACUCCCGCACUCUACCCCUCUCACCCCCGCCAGUACCUGGACAAACACACAGCCUAUUCCCUCACAGGUUACACGCUGGAGCAGCUCUAUGAGGCAGACAGCUUCAGGGGUUAUUCUCUGGGCUGCGCAGGCUCCUCACACUACGAAAUGGCCUCUCACCUGCGCAUGCAAGCCGAACAACCACCCAGUCAUAAAGGGACCUCCGUCAUCAUCUCCAAUGGCAGCUGAUGCUUAGCUCACUCACCGUGAUGGGACUCGAUCCCCAAUCAUCUUUUUCUCCCCAAAGGGACUAAACACUAACUCGUUUUUUUUUUUGUUUGUUUGUUUGUUAGGAGAGCAUUUUAUGUUCCUCUUUGCUUUGCUGUAGACAAAAAAAAAUCCAGAUUUCAGUAUGAAGGGAAUUCCAUUCAUGCAUUUAAAACAUGGUUCAGACGAGGUUAGAAUAUUUUAAAUAGUCAAUAUUUUACACAGCAUAACCCCCCCCCCCCCCCCAAUUUUCGCACAACCGUUUAGGUGAGGAGGGUCAAACUGAAUAAUUAUUAAUUAAUUAAUUAAUUAAUUAAUUAAUUUUACAUAAAAAAUGUUCUAUACAGGAACACGCCCAAACUGUAUUUAAUUAUUAUUGAUGAAGGUGAGUUGAAAUUAUUUUUAAAAAAAAUGAUCAAGUCUCUAUAGUCUAUAGUGAUGCUAUAGUGAUGCUGUUUUUUUUAUUUUUUCUGUCCAUGAAGGAAACAUUUAUAUAAUCUAAUUUCUGAAAGGUUCAUUGUGAUUUAAGUCACUUUGGUCACCUUUUUUAUUCUUUCUAUUAUGCAUUUGAGUGCUCCUGUUUUUAUGCCUUCAUGUCCCCUUGAGUCAUUCUCCUUGCGAAUUAAUCUUAGAAUUUCAACCCUUUUUCCUCAAGUAAAGAAAAAUCAAAUAGAGAUGGGAAAUGAAAUUGUCCUACUGCAUAAACAUACAUCCCUUUUUCAUGCAAAGCAACAUAAAUAGAUAAAGAUUAAAUAAAACCUUUAAACCGUUCAAACUGUUUACAAGAGUUAAUUGCUUUUCCAAAAAAUAUGUUUUGAUGUUUUUGUUUUGGUGGCUUUUUUUGUCAUGAGUUUAACUGGUAGGUUUUAAGUGUUUCAUUGUUUCAGUUACAAAUGAGUCCAAGGUCUUUAGGACAGGAUCCUUCAAGAUAUCAGAAGGUAGAUACUGACUUUAAAAGAAAAUUCCAAUGUUCUUCUUACUAAGCAUAUUUUUACAGUUCCACUCAUUUUGAUAAGUUGUGCUUUUUGUUAUUUCUUAUGGUGAAACCUGAUAAAAAACAAAACAAUUAAAACAAUCAUGGCUUUUUUCACCUCUCUGCACUCGUUUUGGUGUUGUGGGUAGUGAUGCAUUUCUUUUACGUCAUUGUUUUCCACUGCAGCUGAGCCUGUGGACUUUAGCCUUUUUUUCAGGCACAAGAACAGGUAACCAGUCAAAAUAAAUACUCACUAAGUAAAUACUAUAGUACUAAUGUAAUAAUAGAAAUUUUACACCAAAAUGUAUGUAGAAUACAGAAAAAUAUUCAGUUUUAAUUAAUCUGAUAUUAUCUGAUGUUAAAUUAUUGCUGUUGUAGAAAUAGAACUGGAACGAUCGUGCAAUUCUGUGAUCUUUGGAUAAGUUUUGAAAUGAGUCACUGUAAAUCUGUUUUUUUUUUUUUUUUUUUUUUUUUU